AUGUGUCAACCACGGAGGUUAGGUGAGAUUACGGUUACGCUGGGCUCCGCCAAGUGUAGCGCACAGCGCGAACUGCCACCCAAAGUUCCGCUGGCACUCAACACGGCACUUGCGGCAAGCCACCGUCAAUCAAUCAACAGCAACAACAACAGUCACCCGCCUAGCACGACCAGUUCGCUCCCCCCCUCAUCAUACAGCACAUCACCAUACGGCGAUUUCGGGCAGUUCCACGAGCCAGACCUCACGGUACUCAUAAGCCGAUUUCGUUGCUUAUAUACAUGCGUUCGGGUGCCGAUCGUCACAUUGUAG